CUCCCUGCCCGGCGCCUGGUCCUGGCGCGGCUGCCGAACGGUCCCGCUCGACGCCUCCCGGACUAAAUGCCUCUGUGACAAGCUCUCCGCCUUCGCCAUCUUAGCCCAGCUCAGCCCCGACAUGAACAUGGAAAAGGUGCUGGUCCCUUCUGUCACGUUAAUUGUAGGCUGUGGAGUAUCUUCGCUGACACUUUUGCUGUUGAUUAUCAUUUAUGUCUCUGUUUGGAGGUAUAUCCGCUCAGAGCGCUCGGUCAUUCUUAUCAACUUCUGCCUGUCCAUCAUCUCCUCCAAUGCUCUCAUCCUGAUCGGACAGACCCAGACCCGGAAUAAGGUGAUAUGCACGCUGGUGGCGGCUUUCUUGCACUUCUUCUUCCUCUCCUCUUUCUGCUGGGUGCUGACCGAGGCCUGGCAGUCCUACAUGGCCGUGACGGGUCGGUUACGGAACCGCAUCAUCCGCAAGCGCUUCUUGUGUCUCGGAUGGGGGCUCCCCGCCUUGGUGGUUGCCAUUUCUGUGGGAUUUACUAAAGCCAAGGGGUACGGCACCGUGAACUACUGCUGGCUGUCAUUAGAGGGAGGUCUUCUCUACGCCUUCGUGGGACCAGCUGCUGCUGUUGUUUUGGUGAACAUGGUUAUUGGCAUUCUGGUUUUUAACAAACUUGUAUCCAAAGAUGGAAUAACAGAUAAGAAACUGAAGGAACGGGCAGGUCAGAUGGCAGUGCCCCUUUACGGCAUGACGCUCAAAUGUUCCAAGUGUGGAGUAGUUUCUUCUGCUGAAGUUUCGGCCACAGCCACCAGUAACGCCAUGGCAUCCCUUUGGAGCUCCUGUGUGGUCCUGCCCCUCCUGGCUCUCACCUGGAUGUCUGCAGUUCUGGCAAUCACAGAUCGACGGUCAGCACUUUUCCAGAUCCUUUUUGCUGUCUUUGACUCAUUGGAAGGCUUUGUCAUUGUGAUGGUCCACUGCAUCCUUAGGAGGGAGGUUCAGGAUGCUGUGAAGUGCCGAGUAGUAGAUCGCCAGGAAGAGGGCAAUGGAGACUCUGGGGGGUCAUUCCAGAACGGACACGCUCAACUAAUGACCGAUUUUGAGAAGGAUGUGGAUAUGGCUUGUAGAUCAGGUGAGCACAUCACAGUGCUGAAUAAAGACAUCACAGCCUGCAGGACCUCAACCAUCACAGGUACACUGAAGCGCCCAUCACUACAGGAUGAAGAGAAAUUGAAGCUCAAUCAUCAGAAGGGGUCAUCAAACUUCAACAGUCUUCCAGCCAAUGUGUCCAAGUUGCAUCUUCAGGGCUCCCCACAUUACCUGGGGGCCAUCAACCUGAAUGAGUUCAGCAAUCACAGUCUCACUCUGAAGAAGGACAAGAAUCAACCACCCAAGUCUAUCUACAUCUGUGACGGGGACAUCUUCAAGAAGUUGGACUCAGAACUCUCCCGGGCACAAGAACAAACACUGGACACCAGCUAUGUCAUUCUGCCUACCAAUACAUCUACCUUGCGGGCCAAACCACCCAAGGAUGAGAGCAAAUACAGCAUCAAUAUAGACCAGAUGCCCCAGACACGGCUGAUCCACCUCAGUAUGGCUACCGACCCAGGAUUUGUCGUCAAAAGUCCUCCACGGGAACCUGUGACCAUGACUUGCAGUGAGGUGCAAGGUUCUCCCAUGAUACAACAGCAGCAGCAGCUGCCUCCACAGAAUAUCCCCAGCGAGUCACAGAUUCCCAACAGCCUGUGUGACACAGGUGACUCAGGGAACUCAGGUGUGGUGUCCAAGAGUGAGACCGUCUCCACUCUCUCCAUGAGCUCCUUGGAGAGACGGAAAUCACGGUAUGCAGAACUAGAUUUUGAGAAAAUCAUGCACACAAGAAAACGUCACCAAGACAUGUUCCAAGAUCUGAAUAGAAAACUUCAGCAUGCAGAGAAGGAGAAGGAGUCUCCAACGACGGACAGCAAGCAAGAAAAACAGCAGACACCAAACAAGAGACCCUGGGAAGGAAUCAGGAAAGUCCAGUCCCCGCCGUCAUGGGUUAAAAAGGACAUCGAACCUGUGGCACAAUCUCCCCUAGAACUAAAAACUGUAGAGUGGGAGAAAACAGGGGCCACCAUCCCUCUGGUGGGACAAGACAUUAUUGACCUUCAGACGGAGGUCUGAGCGGAAAGAGAAGAAAGGGACUUUUUUUUUCCAGAAAACAAAUGAAACAAACAAACAAAACCACGUUUUAAAGAAAUGAUUAAAUUAAAUCGGAACCGAGUGAGAGAAGUGUUUGGUUUCUUUUGAAACCUUUGGUAAGACGGAGUAACUUUUGUAUUGUUCUCAGCAGAGUGGGGAAAUAUUGCUUUAUAGAGUAUAGUAGAUGUAGGUUCAGGACAACACGCUUUGCCAGGUAGGACUGGAGAAGAAGUGAGCCUGGAAGAGAGUGAGGAGGAGGCAGAGGGUGGGGAGGAGCUGUUGGGGAAGAGCCCUAUUGAGAUGCUUUGGGGAAGAGCCCUGUCGAGAUGCUUUGGGGCCACUGCCAUACGCCGGGACCCUUCCUGCUGUGCCACGGAGAGCUGCAGAAGGACACCCAGAAGCCACCACCAAGAGCCAAGAAGAUGGAGGUUGUCUGGGGAGCACAGGAGGUGACGUCGCCAGGAGCCUCACCAGGAUGCGUUGUGGCUGUAGGUCCUGGAAGAGACACAACCUAUGGCAUCCCUUGCCGGUCCUCAUUUCCCACCUCUCCCUCAUCGUCUCAUCUGAGAAGGAAGGAGCUGGGAUGUGUCAAGCAGUGCCUGAGGAGACGCUCCCACUUCUUCAUGCUACCCCAUGAUCUGGUGUCCUGGCGUCUCUGCAGCAUGUCCCUAAGGGGGCCGGGGGGAAGUAGUGGUGGAGAGUCACAUCACCUAUGGUUUAGGGGGAGAGGUAAGGUGGGGCUUUCUCCUCUCAGCCCUCCAUGGUGGAGCUCCUGUGCACCCUAAGGAAUGGGACAAGCACUGGAGAAAGGAACCACCUCCAAAAUCUGCUCGCCCCAUCUCCAGGGAAAGGGUUGAAGGUGUUAGAAAAACAGACCAACAAGAAGAAUGUAGAUCAUUUCAUUGACUGUUACAUAGAUAAACUCAGCACGGGCCUUGCAAAGGUCUGCUUGGCCUCAUCCUUUUUUUUUUUUUUUUUUUUUUUUUUUUUCUGUUACUUUUCCUUGCUUUUGGACUCAGAUUUGUUCCAAGCUGCCCCUCCCUGGAAGGCAGAGAGAGAAAGAGGGAAAGACAGAUCCACCAAUGUACCUGGAGAUAUUUGGUAUACAGAGAUGUUGCCUUAGGACAUUGAGACAAACUGACAACACGAAUAACGUCCACUUGGAAACAAACAAACAAACAAAAAAUCUAUUUUUUUCCUUCUUCUUUUCUUUUCUUCAAUAAAAAGAGAACUUGAAACCCGAGACCUUUCUUUUCUUUGGCUCUUGUCGUUUCGAAUGCCUUUCUGUGCCGUACGAAUACACAGGCAUGGGGUGAGGAUGCCACCUACUGAAGGUGGAAGGCAAGUUGCUCUGUGGAAAGUUUGGGAUGGUGGGAACGCACAGCCCCAUCGCUGCUCACUUGCAAUACCUCACUUUGCUUCAUUCAUUUUCAGCUGUGGUUAUAUUCCCCUCAUUGGCUCUUCUCCCUCCCCAAUGCCCAGAGCCAACGGGCAGGUUUAUAUUCCUACAAGAACAGAAAGGUGGAGCUGGUCAGUAGAGUGGGACAUUUUUCCUCAUAAAAUGCUGUCUUUUUAUUUCAACAUUUAAAAAAAUAGCAAUUUUUUUCAUUAGAUGUUUCUCAAUGUUAUUUACAAAAAAGAAAAAAAAAGUUCUCUACAUUUCACCCCCAAAAGUGUUGUGCAAUAUUUUUAUCCUUAAAAAAUAAACCAUCGACAUCUCA